GGCGGCGACAGCCUCAGUAGUUGCGCCGCGGCCGAAGGGGGCAAAAGCGACCGGAGGGACGCCCUGGAGACUGUUUAUAGCCCUGUCAGGACCGCGCGGGAAGCGGAGAAAGAGGCAGAGGCCGGAGGGCUCCUUGGAUGAUGGCACACUGAGAAGCAUGCCCUGAGCCCCGGCCUCCAUGGCAUCCCAUGACAAAGAUACGGGGCCCUCACUGCCCUCUCCCUGGGCUGCCGUCCUUGAGGCUGUCAGGGAGCAGCUGCCGUCCCUGGACUCGGAUUCCUCCUUGUCGGACUGCGGGGAAGAGGAGCUGUUCAUCUUCCAGCGAAAUCAAGCUGCCCUGAUUCCAGACUUGUCGGAGGAGCUGGCGGAAGACCCUGCCGGGGCCUGGGUCACUACAGCUGACGGGUCCCCUCCUGAGCCAGUUGUGCCUGUGGAAUUUGCUGCCGAACCCUGGAGGGAAUGGGAUGCGAGGACAAAGGAUUCGGCCUCUCUGGAAGGAAGGGGCCCUGGUCGGUCUUCGGAGAGCCCUGGUAAGAGCAGCUCUCUUCUUAGGAUGUCCGAGGAGACCCCCAGGUGGCAGGAAGGCGAACUUGGGGGCAUGGCCUUCAACACCAAGGGAUCCCAGAGUCCUGCCUGGGGGCUGCAGGGAGAAGCCACCCUCUCCCCCCAGGAAGGAGACCUGAAGACCCAGCCCCCAAGCACUGCCUCCCGAGCCCGUGAGGGCUCAGACUCCGCAGACGGCAGAGCCCUCCGCAGGGAGAGAAGGAAGAUGAUCAAAAGAGACAUUCUGCAUAAAGUCACCUGGGAUGCCCGGGGCCCAGCCUGCAGUGACCAAAGUCAAGUGAAGGUGACGCCCUGUGGAGCAGCAGCGUCAGGUCCGAGACCAGAAACUCCACCAGAGCAGCCCCUGGAAGGACUGCCACUGCUCUCCCUCCAGGAACUCGAAGAGUGGGAUCUGGAUCACAUCCUUCAGAAUCUGGUGGGACGAGAAGACGACUGGGGAGAUGGCCCACCUGGAGCCACGUGGUGGGCAACUGACCGCCUGCAGGGCCGAGACCAGGCUGUGUCGAGUGCCCAGGACAGGCUCAUGGAACAGCUUGCCCUCCUGUGCGCCACGCAGUCCAGAGCUGCAGCCUCUGCCGGGAAGGUGCCUGCUGACACACCCCAGGACACCGAGCAGAAGGCCGCAAGCAGAUGUGCUUCCACAGAGCUGGGCUUCCAGGCUGAGCUGGGCCCGACACUGGCCAGGGGUAUGCGGCUAAGGAACCCAGCAGAGCCUCCCACCAUCUUCAUCGAUCUGCGGCCGAAGGAGCCAUCAGACCAGGAGUCGUCUGAAAGCGAACCCUCGUUUCCUGCCCCCAUCUCCAGCUCCAGCUCUUCUGACAGCGAGGAGGAGGGGGAAGAGGACACAGCGGCUCUGAGAGACCAGCAGGGCCCCUGGGGGCUGAGGGACUGUACCGGGAAAAGUCAGCUUCUCCAGCAGCUCAGGGCAUUUCGGAAGGGGACCACUCAGCCCAAGUUGCUUGCCAGCAAGGGUCCCAGUGGCCAGAAGGCUCAGGCCCCUGAAGAUUCUGCCGGAUCCGGAACUGGGAGGAAGCAACACGUAACACUCCAGGCUGAGAGGCAGAGCACCCAGGCCAGACCCCCAGGAGGAAGUCCCAGGGCCCUGGGGGACCCUCCUGGGCCAGGGACAGCCAGGGAGACCCUGGUGCCUCCUCUAGGCCAACUGUAGAUGCCUCUGGUAAUGGAGGAGGAGGUUAUCAGGAUGAUGUGACAUUUCCUCGACAUGCCUAGGCCCUGGGGGUCUGUUCGCUCUCCCUGUUUCCAUUAGCAUGUGCUUUUGUAGCACAGGGACCCUCAGACUGUGGAUCCAACCCUGUUAGAAUUCGGUCAGAACAUUUUCAUGCACUUAGAGCAAAGAUGCCAGUACAAACUGGUACAAAGAGCAUGACAACUCAAGCAGCCCCUAUCCUCUGAAAGGGCCUGGAAGGAAACACCAUCAAGAUGAUGUUUUGUUCUGAGAUGGGACUACAAAGCUUUUCACCCUUUUCCAUUUCUGCAUUUUUUCUCUUUUAUAUGCAUCUAUUAUUUCCAUCAUACCAGGUCUUUUUUAAAGCUAUAAAACUUAAGUAAAACAUAUUUAGAGAAUUUCAGGGUUGAAAGGGUCUUGAAAGGGAAUUUAGCCUGAUUUUUUGGGUCCCUGGAUGCUUGCUAUUUUGUGUUCCUAAAUUACCACCACCCACACACACACCCCAAAUGGACUUGGUGAUAAAGGGGUAAAGAUUGAAAUUUGAUUUCUCUUUUUUCUUUAACCAACACACAAAGGCACAUAUAUGUUCUAAGGUCCUUCCAAACUCAAGGUGGAGCUGACCCUUAAAUACAGAUAGAAUACUGAAUGUUCUCACACCUGAAACUGUCCCUGUGGGCUGGCGCAGCGCCCUCCCUUGUGCAUAACCAGAGACAGCUGGGGGCCACAGGAGGCGCCCUGUCUCCCUCGCCCUGUGACUUUGAAAGCAUUAUCCCCCCACCCGCCGUCUUCACAGAGGCCUUUCCUAACUGGGGUUCCCAGCCCUGCUGCUCCCACCAGGCUGAAGCCCUGAUCUGUGGCACCUCCGUUCUGUCCCCUGUGUGCUUCCAAGAUCCACUGCUCAGAGUCUCAGCUCCUUCCCCGCCUGCCCCACAGGAAGAGCAGAGAAGUCAUCUUGGGUCCCCACACUAGAGGCUCAGGAGGUCCAGCAGGGUCCUUGGCAUUUGAGUACAGAUUCCAGCAUUCAGCUGGGGUCAUGGCUGGCUGCCAUGCGCUGGGGGUGGGCAAGGGUCUCCUGCCAUCCAGCCCUGUGCCAGGCAAGACAGGCCCUGCCCGACCUCAGCCAGCCAAGAUCCGGGCCACAGACUCCACCUGAUCUGGCCACAGGGGCCCCACCAGCAGCCCCCACUCCCAACGAGGGCAUUUUCAUUAGAAGCCAGAUGCGAGGUGGGCUUCCACCAAGGCCACAGCAGGCCCAGGGAGACCUUCCUGCAGGGAAUGUGGCCUCUCCCGCCUGUGGAGGCCCUCACCUCAGCUCCGGGGCACAGUGUGGACAGGGCAGCCUAAACGUGGCACACCUCCGCCCGUGCUGCCAGCCGUGCCAUCAAAAGCAAAGGCCAUUUUUUAGCCCCAUUUCCCCCCUCUCUACCCCUUUUAAUGCCGCCAGUAAGUUCAUUUAGGAUGUUUCACAAGCAGUGACAGAAAAUAAAC